CUGUGUGAAGAGCAGAUGAUUAUUCCCCACUCACAUUACGGACGCUCUCUAGAUCUUCUCUAUCUGGCAAUAACGCAGAGAACCCUUUUAGGUACUGAACACUCGCAUUUUACUUUCCCACCAACACACAAACGCUUGCCUCAGCGAACCGAUUCCCCUUCUUUUCCGGCGACUCUCUUUCUCUCUCAUCAUGGCAUCUCCGAUCAGAUCUCAUAUGCAUGGGGAGAAAAGAGGUGAAUACAAUAACGUGCAUCCGUUGGAUCCGCAUCAGCCUAUUCUUGCUGUGGAACCUCUCAAUUCUGUGCCAUAUGUUGAUCCACAGAUGUUUUCUGGUGAUAUUCCUUCAUCAACAACAGAAAUUGGUACUGAGCCUAUGGUAACAGAUGCGCCUGCUUUGUUGUUUCUGCCUUCUUGCCCAAAUAAAAAAGAUUGGAAUAAUAUUAUGACCGCCACCAAAAAUGGAAUUGGGUUAACUGGGAGUGCUGCAAUGGGGAAGGUGGGGCCAAUUAUAGGAUCAGUGGACGUUGCUGAAUCUGAGGAUGCAUAUCUUUUUCGUGUCUCUCUCCCUGGUGUGGAAAAGGAAAAUAAAUUUAAAUGUGAGGUUGAUCCUAAUGGGAAGGUCGUGGUAGAGGGAAUAUCGUCAACAGGAGAGAGGAUAGUUCGCAGGGGCUCCCAGAUUUUCGAAAUGCUUACUCAAAAUCUAUGCCCACCAGGGUAUUUUUCGGUUUCAUUUCAGCUACCAGGACCAGUUGAUAUUCAACAAUUUAAAGGUAUUUUUGGACUGGAUGGUAUUCUUGAAGGAGUUGUAAAGAGAAGGCCAUCAAGAAGUCAUUGAUUUGGUUAGUGUAUGUCAUUUCAAAUGUCCUUUGUCAUGAAUUUUGUACUUUUAGUAACUUUAGGGUUUCACAGCAUUUAUUGUUUUUACUUAGAGAUCUGUGAGAAGUUAGUCUUGCUAGCACAUUGUUAGUGGCCUUGUAUCAAAACUGUGGUUUUGCUGGAAACUA